AUGCCAAAAGAAGAAGUCUACGAUCUUCAUCCUCACGGUUGGGAGAACGACCCAGAAGUGGAGAGAUUUAGAGUCUCUACCCUAGAUUAUUUGACGUGCCAAACAUACAACCACUACGCCGUCUUCUUCCGCCUAGACGAUGCCGCCAAACCAAGAUUGAAUGGCAGAAUCGAGAAAGACCCUUGGGGCAACUACUCCUUCACCAAAAGAAAGGACUCGACCGUCCGCUUCGUCAUUCAAUGGCUUGAUGCCCCAGAGGAUGCCGACAAGUAUCCGUCUUUCGAUAACAUCGAGAAAGCCAACUUUAGCGCCGUGUCACUUGGCGACCUCAAGCUCUGGGCCGUGCCGCGGAUGACCUACGGCGAGAGGCCCGAGGCGACUCCGGAGCGGAGUCCUGUCACGGCGGGCUUCAAGGCAAACUUCGUCCGCGGCGGGCUCGUCUUCAGCACGCACCACCAUCAUUACUCCCAAGAUGUCAUGGCCUGGGCCGGCUUCAUCCAACAGCUGGCCAAGAAUUGUUCUGCGUAUAGCAAUCACACUCCCUACCCUUCGUGGGACCCGGCCUGUAAUGAUGUCUCCCGCUUUCUCAAGCCCGAGCCUCCAGAGGAAGAGAAGGUUGACGGACCACCGCCGCCUGAUAGACAUCCUGACCACAAAGUCGGAAUCUGCCUUCUCUUUCAUCUAUCAAAGAGUAAAGCCGCUCAACUGAAAAAGCUUGCAAAGCCCGCGGAUGGCACAUGGAUCUCGACUUACGACGCCUUUUCCGCCUUCAUGUGGCGGCACAUGACUCGUCUUCGAGCCCCGGUGUUCAAGACUCCGCCAGACUCAAAGCUCUUCUGGUGCGAAACCAUCGAUAUGCGUCGACGUCUACACAGCCCAAAGGUGCCCGCUCGCACCCAGCAAAACGUCAUGUACGUGGCCAUGUCGACGACCGCACCCGUGGAACAACCCACGGUAUCAGAGCUUAUCUCAGACUGGCCGUUUUGGAGGGUGGCUCGGUACGUACGCCAGAUGACGGACAGUGUGACGCAAGAAAGUCUCGACGAAACACUCAAGAUGGUGGCGACGAUCCGCGUGAAGUCGAGUCUCAACUCGAGAAUCGAUUCGCACCCGCCCAUGUCGACCAUUGUGGUAGACCACCGUGACGCCAACAUUCCAUCGGCAGACUUUGGCUUCGGGAAGCCGGCGACUUAUCGAUACCUGAUGGGCCGAAUCUCUGAGGGUGGUGUUCUUGUCUACCCGCCUCGGGAUCCGACGCCUGAGUCAGAUGAGGGUCCAGAGAUUGCCAUCAUGUAUGAGAAGGAACUGGCUCAGGCGCUCAUCGAGGACCCUGAGUGGAACAAGUUCUUCGAAUACAGGGGCGUUGAUGCCGAGCAUACCGAUGUGUAG